CCGAGCCGUCCGCCUCGAUUGCUGGGGAAAAAGUAGCGCUUAAAUGGCGGGAGUUUGACAAAGGCGGGAGGGAUCUGCUUGGAUAGCGGUUAGUUGAGAAUUUGGAUACAUCUCCAAGUCUUGGACGGUGCUGGACCGGGCUAGGAACCAUGUUACAGAAUGCAGACUUGCUGAUACUUGGAUACACCUGUCUCUUAUUUUUGAUGAAGGAAUGUGGGUCCCACCCUGAUUAUUACCACCAAUCUUCUUCCUCGUGGCUGCUGCUGGACAGGGGGACCCUGUGCAAUUUGUGGGAACAAACAGGGUGCCGUGAGGGGGAAUGCUGCGUCAAAGAGGUCAUUUCGUUCGAUGACCUGGACAGGAAUUUAGUAGCAAGAACAGUUUGCAAGCCUUUACUAGCAUUCGGUGAGCUUUGUUUGCGCAUGACGGAAGGGUACAUCUGCGACUGCGCACAGGGUCUACACUGUGAGUUCAAAAACAAUGAAACGUACGGCCACUGUGCUACGGGUACACCACAUGACCAGGUUCUGGACGUGAGGGGUCAUUCGGUCAGGAGACGACCUACAGUUUCCCGCCUAGGAUCUGAACCAAGCGCACGGUCUACCGCUAGACCACGCCGUCCCCUCUCUGCUUGCUAUAAAUGUGGAUUGAUCAUUAAUAAUCUCACCUGGUUAAUUGUGAUAUUUAAUUGUUUUUUAAAAUAACCAUUGUGUGUGAAUUUAAAUCCACUUUUUAUGUGUGCAACUGUUGGUACGGUAUUCUUUACGUAUGUAACAAUGUUGAAAAAAAGACAAAUGUAACAAGACAACAUGUAAAAAAAAUUGAUAUGAUAGCUUAGACGAGUGACUGCGAUUCUCUGUGAUACAGACCUUUAUG